AUGCUUCGAUCAAUUAUAUCUCCCGAGUUGGAGCUCUUUCGACUUUGCCGAUGCAGGAAUUGGGUAGCAGUACGGCAGAGGGCAGAGUCCCAUCCUGUGGAAGCCACUCCAUCAGAAUCAGCACUACAGGGCCACUGUCCGACGGCACUCUCCCUGGCUGCUCGUUUGGGGGCACCGAGGGAAGCCAUCAAGGCGCUUCUAGGGGCAAGCUUUGAGCAAAUAGAGGUCGUCCACCGGGGGAGCACACUCUUAAUAGAAGCUCUGCGACAUCGUGCGUCGGGUGAAGUGCUUGAUACCCUCUUGCAAGCAGUUCUACACCAUCGCGCUACGUCGCGGAGCAAUAUCGAUAUCCUUGGCCUCAGAGAUGAAUUGUUGGGUCGAACCGCCCUUCAUUACAUGGUGGAACGAGCGAAACACGCGUUUGAAUCAGGGACUGUAAACCCCAGCAAUUGGAAGCUAUUCCAGGCCAUGCUGCACGCACGGCCAGAGUCAGUCCAUGCACUCGACAGUGACGGCAACACCCCCUUGGUGCUCUUGCUACUGCUGCCCAGGGUGCAAUUUGUAGGUUAUGAGUUUGCCAUCGAAGAAGAAAUCUUUCGGAUGGUUCACUCAAUGGUGUCUGCAUCUCCGUGGGUAGCUUCCAUGUCAAGGCUUCUACCCGAACCGUGGCACGAUGCCAGACACGCCCACAGCGGCAUGGACGGAUCGCCAACUCCCUUGUACUUGGCAAUCUUGCACGGAAGGUCAGUUGGUGUGGUGGAUUCGUUGAUCAAUGCAAACAGAAAGGUGGGAAUCGACGCUUGUGCAGCAAGAAUCAGCCAGUACAACGAGGUACCGCUGCACACUGCGAUAAGCACCCAAGCUUCCCUCGCAGUAGUCACCAGACUGCUCGAGGAAUCGCCGUCUCAAGUGCUGGAAACUGACUCUGGUGGCUUGAGUCCGGUGGAUUGGAUCUGGAUCCGCCAUGUCGUCGAUUGGAAAACAGAGAGUACUCCAGCAAUGUUGGUUUCAAGGGGUCGGUACAUUGGAAGCCAGUUUGGGGACUGGCACGGGGAGGUGUCCAGAAGUAUUAUCCAGGAACACAACUAUGCGGAUGUGCCUCAGCCCCAGCGUCCUGCUCUGAAGGAAGUCACGAAGAACCUGUUGCGUCUGAUGGAAGCACUACUUCCGGUUGCGGCAGGCAACACCAGUGACACCACUUUUCAGAAUUGGUCACUGCUAAAUGCUGCAUGCGCGAUGCCGUGUCCUCUGGCAAUGGUCAGUCUAGCACUGGAUCAAUCAGGUCCAAAUGCAUUGCGCACAUCAGAUGUUGCAUACCAGAGGCUCCCAUUGCAUUGGGCGGCUUCACGCCUGGGGUUCGCUGGGAACUAUCCCCUUGGCUACACUAGACACCUACAGCGGUUGGUGGAGCCCACGGCUGUUCCAUUGCUGGUCGUUCGAUAUGCACCAGCCUGUGCUAUCCCAGACGGUCAUGGGCAGCUGCCAGUUCAUAUUGUAAUUGAUUCUGCCAGACGGUAUCGGGCGGCUGCACACGCUUACGGGUCGCAAAAUGGGCAGACAUUGACGACCCAAGAAGUCGAUGCAAUGGAAGAUGAGGCGUUGAACGUUCUGGUAGGGACAUAUCCUGAUUCACUUGAGCAGCGGGACGGGAGGAGCCGUCUGUUCCCCUUUCAGCAAGCCGCGGUUGGCCCAGGAGCCCGAUUGAACACAGUCUACUGUCUCCUCCGACUUCUCCCAAGUCUGCUGAACGGUGAGAUCGACAGGGAUACAAUGGUGAUGUAG